GAAAUUCUUUCUACAAAACUCACAAAUGGAUCGUAGUCAACUCCUUGGCAUGGUUCUUGUGGCUGUUCUCGGACUGAACACAGUCCAAACUAAGAACUGUUGUGCCCCUGAUCAGUGGCAAGGUUUACUGAGUAAAACUUCUGGUGUUAGCAGAAAUGGACCAGGGAGGCUUAACUAUGACUGAAUCUUACAUCUACUACGACUACACCAACCUACGCAACGCUGCUUUUAUGAACUUCACCAACCCAGCGGGACAAGUGUUCUCCUAUGAAAAUCUUCUGCUGUACAACAAACCAAAUAAUGGUACUUUGUAUCAUUUGGACUUGAAGACCAGGAAGUGCUUGGUGAAGAAAGUGUCUUCUCCUUUUAUCAGAUAUUGUAUUCCAGACACUGCUCAGAAGGUUGCUGACUUGACCUUAGGAGCUGCAACUGAGUCUCUGCCAGUCACUGUAUAUUCCCUAAAGGAACAAAAUGCAACUGUUCACCAUUUUAUCACAGUCACUCAAAAGCAGUGCAUCCCUGUUUCUCAAGUAAUCCUUGAGAAUUCUAAAGUAGAGGAAGCCAUGAGUUUCACUGGAUAUGGCAACAUUCAACUUGAAAAUAUCACAGCCCUCUGUCUUUAAUGUGCCUCCAGAGUGUAAAGGUCCAAAUCCAUUGGAUUCAGAAAAGAUUUUUCCAGAGCUUUUCGUCAAAACGUCCAUUACCAGCCAUUUUCUUUACAUGUAAAGAGGAUGUGUCGCAGCCUGGUGUAAGAAGCAUAUAUUCUGAAUAAUCAAACUGUUGGAUUCAUCCAUAAGAUUUGAUGUUGGCAUAUAAAAUUUUGGCUAAUUUUCUGACUGCGAUGUAAAUUUCUUUCUCGCAGGCAACAAUUAUUGUAGACUGUUUAGCGCCAUUGUUUGUGUUUUUAAAUAAUCGUUUUGGACAAAGUUUUUCACUUGUAGAUAGUAAAAUGACAUUACAAUACAUCAGAGGUUGAUAGGGAAAUAACCCAUGUGAUGUGGUAGCCAGUCUGUUAUAACCUUAUGUUUAUUUGUUUCUCAUUUUUAUCUUAUUCUAUCAACCACAAAUAUUUUGAUCGGAUCGAAUGAUGAGAUAUUGGCACACGAUUAUCAUUUAGUACAAAGACAAUACUGUACAGAUGUACUACAAAUCGUUUGUACUUUGGCUGUUUUCAUAAAUUCUGAUCUGAAACUAUCAGCCGAUUGUCUUUCUUUUGUGAGUUAAAUCGGGUAAUCAUUAACAUUUGUUAUUUACAUUUCUGAAGUUUAUUACUUAUAUU